GUUCAGCCAGGGAACUCGGGGUAGGGUUGUAUCAGACAGCUCCCACAACCCGACGCGACUAGACGCGCGCAAUGCUCUAAAGCCAGUGUUUCUGUGAACGAAAAAGAUGUCAAAAUAUAAGUUAAUCAUAGUUCUUUUCUUCUCUGUGGCCCUGGUUGCUGUAUCCGCCCUCCCGUCCCCCACGACAGACGACGAUGACGACGAGGACGACACGACACCGAGUCGUGCGGACGCUGAUGACGACGGUCGCAUCUAUAAAAACCCACGCAAUUCGCCUUCCGCACAGUGCCCUAGAGAUGAGGAACAAGCCACUUUAUUAGGCCAGAAAUGCCUUCGGAAGUGUUCCUCAGACGAAGACUGCAAAAGUAAGAAAAAGAAAUGCUUGUGCGAUGGAGCAUGCGGCAUGUCCUGUAUCAAACCAGAUCGCGAGUGCCCUGAACUGGAACAGCCAGAAAUCGGGAAAGUGUCGCUAACUGGACGCUUGUUUGGUGACAAGGCGGUGUAUUCCUGCCCGCAUGGCUACCACGUGGUCGGUCUGCAGAGCCGGAGCUGUCAGGCGGAUGGCAAAUGGGCUGGACAGCCUCCAGCUUGCAAAGAGAAUAUAUACUGCCUCCAGCCUCCAACAAUUGAGCACGCUCGCCACUCAGCCCUCCCUGAACAGGCCACCUUCGACCUGGAUGCCACAGUGCAAUACAACUGUCACACUGGUUACGUGACUAACGGGUUCCCGAGAGCUAAGUGCUUAGCCAUAGAUGGGCAUGCGUCGUGGUAUGGUCCUGAUAUCACUUGCGAGCCGCGAUCCUGCGGCGAGCCAGGUGACGUGCCCCAUGGAUGGGUGACCGCAGACUGCCACACCUUUGGAUGUCGAGCGGUGGUCCAGUGCGGCCAGGGCUUCGAGCUGGUCGGCAAGGCGGAGCGGUACUGCCAGGCUGAUGGCGCCUGGGCUCCCAAGGAACUGCCCACUUGUGUCCUGGUGACGCAGGUGCAGUGCCCUCCGCCCGAGGCGCCCCGGCACGGCAAGGCUGUAUACACGUCUUGCGCGUAUAACUCAGUGGUUUCUUACGAAUGCAAGUAUGGUUACCGGCUGGUGGGGGAUGCUACGCGACGCUGUGGUGCUGAUAAGAAAUGGUCUGGAACACAACCCCUUUGUAAAGAAAUAAACUGUGGACACCCUGGACAAUUAUGGAAUGGUUGGUUGGAAAACAUAUCUUCAGGCACGGGGUUAGGAGCUUCCAUCAUAUUCCGAUGCCAGGACGGGAUGAGGAUGGAAGGAAACGGUUCUGCUAUAUGCCAGAGUGAUGGAACUUGGAGUCAUCCGCUGCCGAUGUGUUUAGCGCCCUGCGUAGUUCCUCACGUGUCCCAAGGCAGAGUGGUGCUAAUGGAAAACAAAACAAGCGAGAAUGACACUCAGGAUCACACUCAGAUAGUUGGCAGUUCCACUAUGGUACAACAUGGUGAAAUGAUAGUAGUAGAAUGCGAAAAGGACUACGAAUUUCCAUCAAUGAACGCUGCGAUAACUUGCAACAAUGGUACUUGGACACAAAUACCGCGAUGCCAACCAGCUAGAUGCAAGAAAAUGCCGAAAUUUCCCAGGCAUGGAAUGGUGAUAGCACCAAAAACGGAGCAUGGGAUGAAGGCUCGAUUUAGAUGCAAAGACGGGUUUGAGCUCAAAGGAAACCCCAUAGUGGUGUGCUCGUUUGGAACUUGGAGCGGAGAGACACCGAAAUGUGAAGAGUUGUUCUGUCCGUUUCCUGGUUACAUUGAAAACGGCAAAGUUCUUCUCGUUGGUAACAUGGGUUUGUACGACUAUCGCCCAUAUGUUAAAAAGGUAGUAAACAAUAAGCAGAUCAUGUACGAAUGUGAUAAAGGAUAUGUGCUUUCUGAAGGACCACCUGGCGCGACCUGUGUGGGAGGGCACUGGAGCCCCAGAGAACUACCUAAGUGUACCUUAUUUAGACAUCCGCGAAUACGUUGGAGCCGAAGAAGGCGCUCCAUCACAGAUACAGAAGUUCGCCACAGGCGUUCUGCGUACCUUCGACAAUAUUAUAGUAACCUGCGUAAACAAGCCUUCACAGAUGGAUCUCAAGAAAGCAUCGAUCAACUUUACGAGAAAUACAACCAUAAUACAGAAAAACCUACCCUGCGACAUGCAAAUUUCAAACUAAUGAAAAAAUUUGAUCUAGACUUUGAUGAAGAUAUGCUUGAACCUGAGGGUCCAGAUGAUGGAAAUUUACCUACUGCUGUUUAUACAGUAUACAAUGUACAUGGUGAACCUAUAGCACAUAAGUUUUAUUCCUAUCAACCUGUUUAUGAACCAGAAGAUGACGAAAUAGUACACCGCGAAGAUACUUCCGACUAUGGUGAAUCUGCAGAAUUUGAUGAUUCUAAUCUAACAAUUUUAAAAGGUGGUCUUUUCCCUGAUCAUGAUCUAGACCCAAGUAACGAAGUCGCAGAAAAUAUCAAUAAAUUGAAACACCAGUAUUUUGAAAGAUACGUUGAUAAACGGCGGAAGAGAUUUUUAAGUAUAAAGAAUGAAAAAAAUGAUACGGAAAUUGAAACAGGUGGGAGUAAUGUAGAAAUAAUAACAGAAACUCCAAAGGCCAAGUCAAGAAAAAAACGAAAUAUUAAUUAUGAAGAGUAUGAAACUCACAGUGUAUCUCUAACACCAACUGAAGGAGUUAUACCAUCAAGUGAAAUAGAUGAGUAUUUGCUUAAAGUAAUACCAUUAGAAACUAGUUCACUAAAUAUAAAAUCUAAUGAAAGUCACGAAAAAGAAAAGGCAGUAAUACCAUUGCACUAUAAUACUGGUACAAAUUCUACUGAAUUUGUAAAUAUAUUAGAUAAGAGAGAAAAGAGAACUAGUCGAAAAACAGACAGACUAAAUCAAACUACAGCCACAGUUCCAAAAACAGGUCGUGACGGUAAAGGCGGUAAAAAUCGCCAGCAAGCAGUUGAUAGCAAAAGCGAUGAGAAAGGUGCUAGUAUAGAGAGUUCAGAUAGUAUUGAAGGUAAUAAAACAUCAAACGAAAAAGGUGGUAAGAAAGGGCGACCGAAAAGCCCUUGUGAACCGAUAGAGAGUGAACCAUAUAUUAACAUUGAAAUUGUUAAAUAUGGACGGGACCCAAAUAACACGUUUAGUUCCGGUACUAUAGUCCGAGUAGCUUGUGGCAAAGGCUAUGGAUUAAACUUAGAAGCAAACGCUACCGCCAAAUGUGUACGUGGAAGGUGGAAGCCGGAGAAACCAGUUUGCGAAGUCCUGCCUUGCCACGUGCCUCCAACUGAAUAUGGGAUAUAUACGAUGUCACCGAAUGGAAACUUGGGGAGCCUUAUCGCAGGUCCCAAUAGAGAUGAAGAGAGAGAAUUGAAUGAAACAGAUCCGGUGCCCAAUGGACAAAUUGUGCAUUUCUCUUGUGAAUAUGGGUACAACGUUCAAGGACCUACCAACUUGCGCUGUUGGCUUGGAGAAUGGGCAGUCACCAGUAUGCCUGAAUGUGUAGCAGCGCCAUGCGAACUUCCCCAACUUACUGGAGCCACAUAUGAGGCAGGAUACCGCGCUGGUCUCACAGUCGCCCACGCAUCAUCGGUAGACAUAGCUUGUGAACCUGGUCGGUCUCCACCAGCUACUCUGAAUUGCCACCUGGGGAGAUUACAACCAACUGUUCACGAGUUUUGUAGACCCUUAGUAAAUGUGACUCGACCGUGGAUACGGUCAAACUUCCAGAGUGGUUCAGAUAUAGUAAGAGAAGAUAUUUCUGAACUGGAACCAGAUUUACAAGAAGGAGCUAUUCCUUGUGCACCACCUGAGAGGGUUCAGGGAACAUUGAUCUAUAGGGACGGGACUGAGGUGAAUGAAACAUAUGACAUAUCAGAUACAUAUCCUCAUGGUAUUAAAAUUACCUUCAGUUGCAUUGCUUCGAUUAUGGGUGAGAAGACUACGUGGAAGAUCAUAUGCGAGAACGGAAAUUGGGUGGGAAAAAGUUUUAACUGUGAAGAACUAGAUGCGCAAAGUGAAGAAUUGAAAAACAACAAUACUUGUACCUUCCGUAAUGAAGAACCUCAUGUGGUGUCGUUCUUUAACGACUUAGAGAUUACUGAAACUGUUGAUUUUCCACCCGGAGCUACGAUUGUGUCAAGAUGCAGUGAUAUAGGAAAGUAUGCGAUGACAGGAUCGCAGACUAGGCGUUGCAUUGGCGGCACGUGGGAUGGAGUUAAACCGACCUGCUUUGGGCUAAACCAAGAAAACGAUUAUGCCAUGGAGAAACCACCAACAAUACUCUUCAGACACUCGCAAGGGCCGAUAGCGCAGACCAAUGAUGGAAAGCUGCUGGUGUACCCUGGCACAGUUCUGCACAUGGAGUGCUUGUGGAUGAGGCGGUUUGGUAACCCAAAAUGGAACGUAACACAUUACAAUCCAGAUCCCGAAAGGAAAUAUCCAGAAGGAUGGACAACUGACCCUGGACGAGACAGUCAGCUGGAGUACCGACUGAGUAUCAUGAAUGCGGAGAAGGAGGACUCGGGGAUAUACAGAUGUGAGACCCCGGCUAGGCAGAGCCAUCAAGUCGAAAUUAUUGUUGAAGACGUCCACUGCCCGCCUCUCCCCAUCCGGCGCGGGCUCGUCCCCAGCAGCCUGGACACGCAGCUGGGCAGCGAGAUAACGUUCUCCUGCGCUAAUGGGAACGCUCUGUUGGGAGCGUCCACUUUGUACUGCAGAGCUUCGGGCAACUGGAGUGCGCCGUUACCGGUUUGUGAGAGCGUAGAAUGCGGUGAAGUGAUACACGACACGCCACUAAACGACGGCGAGAGGCGGCCGCGCGUGUCGGUCGUGUCGCGCGGCGUGGGCGGGCGUGCGGCGUUCUCCUGCCCCGCGGGCUGGGCGCUCAGCGGGCCCGCGGAGACCGUGUGCCUGCCCGCCGCUGAUUGGGCCAAACCCUUCCCCGUUUGUAGAGAAGUGUCAUGCCCCGCGCUCCCGCCCCCUGCGUCAGGCUACGUGCUGGGCCGUGCGCCCUACCGCGCGGGCGACGUGCUGCAGUUCCACUGCAACCCCGAGCACACGCUGCACGGCCGGCCGAUACUCGUCUGCCAGGACAGCGGCAGGUGGAGUGACAAGCCCCCCACUUGUAAGUAUAACAACAGUGCCCAAGCAUGUACCUAUCCAGGUACGACCAUAUCGGGUCGGAUGUCGUCAGUGAAAUUCUACUACAAGAUUGGUGAAACUGUAUCUUUCACUUGCGAGCCUGGAUACAGAAUCAAAGGAGCGCCGAUGCUGAGAUGUUUGAAAAAUCGAAAAUGGUCAAACGCAAUACCGUUAUGCACUCCAAUUUCGAACUACACUUCGUCCGAUUCAAUUGCCAUGUUGAACGGCGACAUCGACGCUAUGUUGUCUGACGGCCGCAGCGCCAUUUUCUCUACAGCCCGAUCCAAUUUUGAAACUCCCGCCAUUUUGACAAAAGAAAGCAUUAACGCGGCCAUGACACGAGUAGCAGCCACACGAUUUUUACGCAGGUCACCUUUAGAAACUAUAAAAAAUAGAAUUUUCCGCGUCAACAGGAUAUUGAGGCGAGAAACUGGAAGAUAAUUAUCGUUCAUAAACAUUUUGGAUUUGAUAAUAUAAUUGAAUUGAUAGAAAAUUUUCAUGUCCAUAAAAUGCAAUGUGUCAUAGUGAUGAAUUUUCUUUAUAGCUGUAAUACAGCAUCCAAGUUUCCUAAGAAAUAAAAAAUAUAAAUAGAUUGAGCAAUCAUUGUAUAAAACGUUCAUGCUUCUAAAUUCCGGCAGGCGUUUACAAUUGAAAAUUUAUUUAUGAAAACAAAUGAGUAUAAUAUAUUAAUAAGUAUAUACAGUAUUUAUUAAACGAAGUAGAAAUUUUAUUUUUGUUAUAUUCGUAAGGAUUUGAUAAUAUAAGACUUGGAAACUUACCGAUUAUUUAUAAAAAAAGAGAUUUUUUAGUAUUGUAUAAAUUAAUUGUAUUUACUUAAAUUAGAUAAAUUAUGUUUGAAUAUACUAUUUGCUUUGGUAACACUUAUUGUAAUAAUUUACAUCAAAUGUAAAUAUACGCCAAAGAAAUAGGAUAACUCUCUAAUUAUUUAAGUAUUAUAAAUAGUCCAAUAAAUUAUAUUGUGUAGGUAUAUUGUAACCUAAUUAUUAGAUAAAUUAGUACUUACUAAAAUUAAUAGUUUGCUCAAAAUUUUGGAAAUUUUUAUCUGUUACGUAUCUAAUCGGCUCAAGAACAAAAUACGCAAAUCAAUGUUAAUUGUUUAAAUCUUUCCAAAAAUGUAUUUGUAAGUUCAAUUUACUUCUUGGUACUUAAUAAAAAUAAAAGUUGUAUCGGCAUACUAUCAUCAACUAGACUCCUUCGAAAUAACGUUCAUAUACAACCUUAUUCUAUAACAAUAAUGUUCAAAGUCUAUUGUAUAGCUCAUUUGUAAACUUUGCCUAACAAAUGCGUAGGUAGGGUUUCGCUUCGGACAAAAUUUGAACGUAAUAGUAUUAUGUUAUCUGUGGUAAUAGUAUAUCCAGUUGUUCAAGCCUUC